UGGGAGGCAAAGACACGAAUAUUCUCUGCUGACUCUUCUGUGUACUUAACUUGCUGAAAAAAGUGCUCAGAAAUGAAAAUAAUUAUUUUCGUCUGAACGGCUACGGCACUGAUAUGAAACUUUGUUCUGGAUUCAUCGUGAUCUUGUUGGGUUUGCUGGAAUACACUUUACCAUCCGUCCGUGGCGUCAGUCAGUCACAAGCGUUGGAGAAAAAUGAGGAUUCUCGUGUUACCUGGAACAUCUGUCCUCAGGGCUGGAUCCAUGCAACAAGAGAAAGAGAAGAGUUUGAGCAAAGACAGGCUGGGGAAGAAUGUCUUUUCUUCAGCACGGAGGCUGUGUCAUGGUUUGAAGCGCAGCGCACGUGCCGAGAGAGUAACAGCUUUCUUGUCAGCUUAGAUGCCUUCAUUAGAGUUGGAGAUAAAUCAUUCCUGGACAGUCUGGAAGAAAGAUAUGCAUUUUCAGUUUGGACUGGCCUCCACGAAGAAGAGGAAAGACUUUUAUGGGAUGAUCCAGCACAUGGGGAAGUUCGUAACUUGGCAGGGUAUGACGGCUCACCUGCAGAGUCGAAUGGUGGCUGGUCAUGGAAUUCUUCUUCUUUCUUCGACAAAAACUCGACGUGUGGGCUUUUGCAGUUGAAUUCAGAACCACCAUUGAGUCACGGACGAAAUCGUAGACAGCUCGACCUAGUGAAACUAAGUGUAGGAAGUGAUGUCAAUACUGGUCUAGAGGAAGACAUCGAGUCAAAUCACAACAGGGAAAAGAGAGAACAGAAGUUAGAGCCAGCUACAAACAUUUUUUACGAUCAAGAUAUUACAAGACAAGACGACAAAGCAGCAGGCAACACUUCUACUCAGAAGACUGAGGAAGCAAGCAGCUCCAGCAGGAAACCAGACAAUACGACCGUUGACCCUGUUUCCUCUGAAGAUGACGAAUUGCAGAAUGAGUUAAAGAAGCGUUCAACAAAAGUGCAGCCGGAGAUGACAACCACUCCAAGUUCCUCUCCAUCGUCCACUGAGAAUGGUGUCUCCAACGGUCAGACGACGCCGUUGACUUUCUUGCCGACGUCUCAGUCCCAGCUUCACACUGUGUCCAGCUCAGUGGACAACAGCACUAAUUCUAGUGGACUUACUGAAUUCUCUUGGAUUCAACACGAUGAGACAACAACUGCUGUUGAAAGUGACUUAAAAUCUAAGGUAGAUGACAUCGAAGAUGCCUUUAAUAUAUUCAGUAAAAACUCCAGCACCUUCACAGGCAAUGUGCAAAACUUUCUGAGCAAGGAAUCAUUGCCGCCUUCGUUGUCUGCGGUCGUUCAAACAGAAGUUGAGAGUUUUGGAGAUGGAGUUGAAAAUGUUACUUUGAUAAGUGAUCAUAAUUUAUUUAUGGAGCAUUCAAAUACUUCGACAAAGGUUGGUGUGACAACUAUCUCGGUGCCUGUCAGCAGCAAGAGUUCCAAUCUGCCAGUUGACAUUUCUCUGGCUGAGCAGAAGUCCUUCCAAACGUUCGAUGUUACACCUAAAACUGUCACUGAUUCUACUGGACCUGUCGCCACUAGAGAACAGGUUCAGGUAGGUCUACUUGGCGAAAAAAAUGAAGGCACUGACGAUACAACAACAAAGAGUGUAACACCGCCAAUCGAGGCAACAGCCAACACAACGGACAAUACACAGAGUGUAACACAGCCAGUCGAGGCAACAGCCAACACAAUGGACAAUACACAGAGUGUAACACCGCCAGUAGAGGCAACAGCCAACACAAUAGACAAUACACGGAGUGUAACACCGCCAGUAGAGGCAACAGCCAACACAAUAGACAAUACACGGAGUGUAACACCGCCAGUAGAGGUAACAACCAACACAAUAGACAAUACACGGAGUGUAACACCGCCAGUAGAGGUAACAGCCAACACAACGGACAAUAUAUGGAGUGUAACACCGCCAGUAGAGGUAACAACCAACACAAUAGACAAUACACAGAGUGUAACACCGCCAGCAGAGGUAACAGCCAACACAACGGACAAUAUAGGGAGUGUAACACCGCCAGUAGAGGCAACAGCCAACACAAUAGACAAUACACGGAGUGUAACACCGCCAGUAGAGGCAACAGCCAACACAAUAGACAAUACACGGAGUGUAACACCGCCAGUAGAGGUAACAACCAACACAAUAGACAAUACACGGAGUGUAACACCGCCAGUAGAGGUAACAGCCAACACAACGGACAAUAUAUGGAGUGUAACACCGCCAGUAGAGGUAACAACCAACACAAUAGACAAUACACAGAGUGUAACACCGCCAGUAGAUGUAACAGCCAACACAAUAGACAAUGUAAUGAGUGUAACACCGUAG